AUGAUUGCUUACAUAACUCAUAGGCUGGGAGAAAAAUCGAAUUUAGAAGGCAAUGAGGAAUUUGAUAAAUGUAUUCAAAAUAAAGUUGAAGGAUUUAGUAGUACGUUAAAGAAGAAAUGGUUAGAUUCAAAUCGGUGUUUGACUAAAUUUUUAAAAAAAAAUGAUAAUUGGUUGGAUUUAGAAUUUAAAAUUCCAUUAUUGAAAAAAUGUGAAGAAUUGUAUGAACCUUCCACAAGUUCUGGUAGGCCACGUAAAUCUUUUUUAGAGUCAAGUGAUCGUUCUAAGCGCAGGCAAAUAAAAAACCUAAGAGAAAUAACUUCAUCAGAUGAAUUAAUCUGUGCAGCAAAAUCGACAUUGUAUGUUGAAGGGAAACGUGCUGCAGCCGAUCUUGUUUCCCAGGCAACAGAGUAUUCUCCCCAACGUGCAAUAAAGAUUAGAAAAUUGUAUAAAAAUGAAGCGAAAAAUAAAUAUACUUCUUACACAGAUGAUGAGGCUGUAGCAUUUAUCAUCGAUACUCACAUGACUAAAAAUGCGUAUCACAAAACUAGAUUAGGUGCUAAAAAACACGGAGCUGACAUAUACCCUUCGUAUGAUAGAGUUCGAUUAGCUAAAUAUAGAUGUUACCCUGAAAGUAUAAUUAUAAGUGAAAUAAGUGCGUCAGUUCCACUUCAAAAUUUGUUGGACCAUACAAUUAAACGGUUAUGGGAAACAUUAGAUUUUGAUGAUACAAUUGAUUAUGCGGAAGAGUAUUCCGAGCUCAAAUUUAUAUGUAAGUGGGGGUGCGAUGGUAGUUCGGGUCACAGCGAAUACCACCAAAGUUUUCAUGAUAUAGAAACUGAUGAUACCGAGUGCAGACAAAAUGCUAUAACUGACAGUAGCAUUGUUUUAUUCUGUAUUGUGCCAUUGCGUCUUACAGGAGUUAUUAAGGUUUCGAACACUCGAGUUAUUUUGUGGGAAAAUCCGACACCCUCUUCUACCCGAUACUGUAGACCUUUAAAAAUUUUACAUGCAAAAUAA